AUGUUCCCUUAUAUUAAAAAGGCCCAAGAAUUAAAUUGGGGAAUUAUUAUAUUUAAUCCCAAUGAAAAUUAUGGACGCAUCAACAAAGAUGGAAUAGAAUGUGGCUUCAAAGAAAUAAAUGGUUCGGAAUCGCCGCAAAAUCAUUGUAUAUACGUAUGGGAGAGGUUUGUAAGAAAGGCGAAAGCGAAAAGGAUUCUACUUGUGGCGCAUAGUUUUGGUGGUAUUUGCACUACUGCUAUGAUAGACCAUUUAGCUGAUGAAUUUAAAUCACGUGUUAAAGGAAUUGCACUUACUGAUAGCGUGCAUAGCUCCGGAAUGGUACCAAAACAUUCUGACCGUUGGUUCCGUGGUUGUACCGUAAAUUGGAUUAAAUCCUCUUUGCCACUAAAUGAUCCUGUGCCAGAAGAAGCAUCCCAAUUUUAUGGAUGUAGAUGUACAUCAGCUGGCCAUUCAAAACAUGAAUAUACUUCUGGUACAGCCAUUGAACCCGUUUUCGAAUUUUUGAAAGGACGAUUGGAAAAAGCGAUUUAUGACGAGACGAGAGAAUCUGUUUCGAAUAAUGAGAGUGAAAAGGUAGCUGAAAAAUCUUAUGAAGUAACAGUAAGCAUACAUACCCAUGAACCUAGCAAAGUACCACAUGAAACAAACAAAGGGGACGAACAACUCGUUGCGAAUAAUGAAGGCGAUGCGAUGGAAAUGAGUAAUGAAUCACCCGAAACAGGAGUAAACACAGAAACACAGGAGCAGCCUAGUCAAGUAACACAUGAAAAAGGAAAUACGGUCAUAACAAACGAAAAGGACGAAUCUGUUGCGAAUAAUGAAAGUAAGAUGGAAGUAGCUGACGAGUCGCUUGAAACAGGAAUGAACAUACAAACCCAAGAGUCUGGUCAAGUAACUCUCGAACAAGGCACUGAAGCUAUAACAAAUCGAGAGGACAAUCAAUCAUCUGGUGCGAAUUACAAAGAUGAGAAAGAUGAGAUGAAUACAGUUGAAACAGUAGCUAGCACACAACAACACCAUGAGUCUAGUCAAAUGCCACCUGAAGUUAUUACAGCUAUACCUGGUGGAGAUGAAACGAUGGAAACAGAUGAAUCAUCCGAAUCAGUAAAAAACGCACCUAAAGAAGAUGCUGAGAUGAUAAUUGAUGCUGAGUUAAAUAAAGAUAGCGGAGAAUUUAAAAAGGAAAACAAUACUUCUGAGAAUCAAUUAGUUACGCCUAAAGGUUUACCAAAGGAAAUGUCAACAGAUUCUACAGAAAUUCAACAUUCAAAAGAUGAAAUAAUUCAGGACAACAAUAAAGAAAAUACAAACAAUUCCCUCACAUCAGAUCAAAAUAAUAAGGUAAAACAAGAAAGUGAUUAUAAAAUUUAA